GUGUAAACAAAGUGAGGGAGAGACAUAAAAAGAUAGGAAAAAAGGAAACAAGAGAUAAAUUCUUGGAGACAAAAUUUUGUAAAUACAGUUCAACAGAUGAAAGUAAAGAAAUUAAUAAUACCCAUCAUUAAGAACAUUUGAUAUAGAAAUUCUAAUCAACUUUGUUUACAAAAGAUCUUCAAAGAAAUAGAAGGAAAACCACUAUUUGUUAAGAAUACUCACUUCAUUCCAUCUACCACCAUGUUACUGCUAUCAUUUUCAAGUAUGUUAGUCUUCAUAUUAAUCCAUUUUACAAAUACUCAUGCCACAAUAUGGGAUGUAAAAGUUUGUCAUACUGUGGUGUAUCGCUCUUCAGUUCGCAUGAUUCUUAACAAGAAAUUCGUAAGAGAAGUGGCAGCUUCAAAAGAUCCUAAAUGUUUUGAAAUUACAUUUAAAUUGAAUGAUGAAGAAAAACCAAGUUAUAUUAAGCUACCUUACCCUAAGGCUUAUAAGGCAUUUGUUCAAAAUCACCAUCUUCAUGAAAUGUAUGUUGCUAAGUGCCAGGCAGAUUGUUCAACAGUUGAUUCUGAAUUAGAAAGAUGGGUACACUGGAACAUGUCAGUUAUACAUAGUAAGACGUAUGACAAUUACGAAUAUUCUUUUGAAAUAAAGCCUUAUGAUAAAAACUACUUAAAGUUUAGAGCAAAUUCUAAAACAACAAAUGCACCGUUCUUUCUUCCAACGAAAAUGAAUACAAAGUCAAGACUAGAGUUAUCGACAACAGGAAAAUUUUGGCUGGACAAGACUAUCAAACUGAAAAACAUGGAAACUUCCAAAAUAUAUUCCUGUAUUUAUCUUCUUAAACAAAGUAAUCCUUACCAUGAGUGUUCAUUGAGAAGUGAUCUUGAGUGGAAAAUAGAACUAAGCUCUCUAUCCAAACUAAUUAAAAAUAUAGAAGAAAUAAAGAUAUCUGUUGGAGUGACUGGCAGUGGAACAAAUUCUUCACAAAGUCUAACAUUCAAAAAGUUAGCUUAUCUCCCAACAUUCUCUGCUUUUACUAAUAUAGGAAAAAUAGGCAUUGGUGAGGCUGAAAUAUACUUUAAAGACAGUAGCAAAUCUUUUGACAUAUCCAAAGUAAGAAUUUUCACCUUUUUGAAUUCUGUGUUUGCUUUUUUAUUUUAAGAAG